UCCGAGCGGGCGGUUUUAAAAAUGUUUCGUUAGUUCUGAGGUAAAGAUAAAAAAACAAAAACAACACAGAAGAGAAUGAGGAUGUUAGCGGCGAUUAGCGACGUGUGCUAGCAAUAAAACAAUAAAAAGAUAAGCGUUUAGAAUAAAAUAAGCGUGUUUUAGAGGGGUUUGUUGGGACGGAACGAGAACUCAAAGCAGAAUGGAUAUCCACUUUUAUCUGCAAGGGUUCGAGUCGAGUAUCAGGAGCUAUGCUGGAGAAGAUCCUCUGGACCCUUGGGAUAAGUUUGUGGAUUUUUUAGACACCAGACUUCCUCCUGAGGAGAAGCGGAACAUGUCUGUGGUGAUGGAGCGCCUGGUGCAGACCUUCCUGCAGGACAAACGCUACCAUGACGACCUCCGAUUCGUCAACCACUGCAUCAGAUGUGCCAGUUACCACCCAGACCCAGUGAAAGUGUUGAGUCACGUGCACAGUCGUGGUGUGGGGAUGCGGACGGCCGCUCUGUACAUCAGCUGGGCUCAGCAGUGUGAGAAGAGGAACCUGAACACGCAGGCAGAACAGGUCUACCAGAGAGCGUUGGAGAACCAAGCAGAACCUCUCGACACUCUGCAGCACCACCACAGGUUAUUCCAGAGCAGAACAGGACGGUCUCAGACGACUCCCCCAGUGAGUACUCCUCUGCAGGAUUCUCAGCUGGUUAAUCAGCAGUUGCGUCAGAGAGAUGGCGUACAGCCGCAGUGUAAGGAUGUGGGGAACUUGCAGUUUCCUGCAGACAGAACCAUCCGCAUAAUAUCCCGCUCGGAGAACAACCCUCGGACUAACAGCAGCAGUGUGACGGAGUGUGUGUCCAUGUACUGUAAGGACGAGCUGGUGUGUGAGGGAUCAGAGCUGAGCUUCGAGGAGCUGAGAGCACGAAGAUACUUCACCAAAGUCAGACAGCAGGAAGUGCAGAGACAGCAGGAGGAGGUGAGGAGGAGAUAUGAGGAGGAGGAAGAGGAGGUGGUGAGAAUGAAGAAGCUGUUGGAGGAGCUGAACAACAAACUGACUGAUGAGCCACACCUGCAGCAGGUUACUUCAGGGCCACACCCUAUCCAGAGUACAGAGGACACCCCUAAUCCCACCGACCAAUCAGAACCCCUCUGCGCCCCGUGUGUGUCUGAGCCGUCCCUCACACACCACACAGACACAUCUAUCGCUCAGAGAAUGCAACACACACUCACACUCGCCACACACACGCGCAGACCCAGCCUCACACACCUGCUGGAGCCCAGAGCCCAGAGUGUGUGUGUGAACCGAGAGGAACCGCUCGCCGGGGCAGAGCAUACAGGUCACACCCAACAACCGGACACACUCCGGCGUGAUGCACUGGUUCCUGAGGAAGCUGAAGGGGACGCCAACACGGAGGUGUUUCACGGAGGAUUUAAUCACUCCCAUGUAACCCCCAACACAUCUCUGGGUCUAAUCUCAGUGACUCCUUCACGUGCACUUCCCUCCCCCACUGUCAACACCAGAGAAGCCUUGGACCUGAUCGGGAACAUGUUCCAGGGACCGACUCUGCUCCAGGACUCACUGUUCAACACCACACACAUCAACACUGCUGCUGAGGACGACAGCUUCGAAAGGAACUGCAGAGUCACUGGUUUUGCACCAUCCUCAGCAGCAUUCAGGAUUUAUCAGGAUGAAAACAACGAGGGCAGAAGUGUGGAUCCGCAGGUGGUGAUGAAGCCCAAACCUGCAGCCCUUCGUGCCCUGACCGAGAUCCCUGUCUCUAAAGCUAAUGUCACUCCCCUGGGGGUGGAGUCACUUACUGAUGACAGCACAAUGUGGGGUCCUGGACACGCCCCCAUGGCCUCCUUCCGCAAUCAGACGCAAGACUUCGCUCUGUCUGCCCACUUAGCGUCCACACCGCUCCACCCCAUUACACCGUACUCCAGGGACACACAGCAUAGUCAAGAGGAAAGUGGAUCAGAGGAGAACCCCUACCUGCGCCAGCCUGCUAAACUCAGUCCAAUUUUGGAGCAGAGUCCCCCUGAAGAGAAGCAGUGUGGAGGUGCAGAGUGCACUCUGGGAGCUCAGGGAACCAUCAUGGGCGAAGGUGUAAGCCUGCAGGGACACGCCCACUCUCUGACGCAGCACAAUCAGACCGACACCUCAAUCAGCAAGCAGGCGCUAGCGUUAGCACCGCUCUGUGUGUUAGCGCCGCUCGCCUUCCCAGAUCAGAGCAUCACAGCUGGCGAGGAGCUCAGAACCAGAAGUAAACCCAGCUGGAGCGUCUACCAGAGUCCAAAGGUGGAGACCCAAGACCGUCGAGUUAGCUCGGUCCGAGAUUUUAACUCCUCUAGCCUGAGAGAACGCGAACCGGACCGGGCCAACUCAAAGGAAGAGCUAACCUCAACUAGCCUUCAGCGUAGCUCCGACAUCCUGCAUGAGCCAGACCAGGUCAUCUCCAGCAGCCCAACCUCGCAGAGACUGGAGAUCAAGAACCCGGUUAGAGAUCUUAUACCAGACCCGCUCUGCUCCUACCAAGAGUUCAGCUCCAGCAGACCCCGCCUAUUUGGAGAACUCCAACCCGAGAAGCUGAACUCCUCCAGCAGCCUGAACAUCUUCAAGGAGAUUAAACAAGAUCGGGUGGACUCGACCCGCUCACAGCUAUCGGAUCUGGAAGAAGCUGAUGUUCUCCUCCAGGAGAGGUCCUUCAACAUGCAUAAAUCUGUAAGUCUGCUUUCGGAGAACACCCGGCUCCACCAGCGGAAAUCCUUCAUGGUUCCACCAAGCCCGCUGUCGAGGUCGAGCCAGGACGUUCCCAUGAGUCUGGAACCGGCUCCGGGGUUGGGCUGGCUUCGGGUGGAGAGUCCGGUCUGGCGUGCCGAACCCGACCUGGAACCAGCCUGGAACGUCCACUCUGACCAGCACUCGUCCUCGGUUCUGGAACGCUCCGGAAUUCUGUUCAGCAGACGCAAUUCUGAGAAAAAGCUCUUCCAGAGUUUAAGCACUGCAGAGAAGUCGGUCUGUCUGAGUCCGAGUAGAGGCUCAGACCCAGUCCAGGAUGUUCCCAUGAGUCCGGCUGCAGAACCAGGACUGAACUGGAUCUACUCAGGGAGUCCCGUACCGACGGAGGUGGAUCUGGACGUGAUGAUGAUGCCGCAGCAGAACAGUAAACAGUGUACAGUGCAGAACGUGCCGGAAAUCUCCCAAAAACUGAACUGCAAUGAUGUUCCCAUGAGUCCCACACAGACAUCUGCUCCGCCCACAUCCUCAGUGUUGAUCUCUGACCCGUGGGAUGAUGACUUGAUUGCGUCUCUCCUCGCUGGUCUGCGCACUCCUCUGACCUCAUACCCCAACCUGAGCACCUGGUCAUGUGGUAUUCCUGCCAUUACCCCCAAACUCACCGUGCAGAUGGGUGAUGAGUGUUUGCGUGUGGACUGUGUCGUGGGUCAGGGAGCGUUCGCUACCGUCUAUCAGGCCACCGAACUCAACUCCUCACACAAACUCAUCCUGAAGGUACAGAAGCCCUCGAACCCGUGGGAGUUCUAUGUUAACGCUCAGCUGGAUGCGCGCGUGGAGCCGAGAGCUCGUCACCUGUACACCCAGCUGCACACCGCUCACCUGUUCACCAACGGCAGCGUGCUCCUCGGAGAGCUGCACAACUGCGGCACGCUGCUGAACGUGGUAAACCUGUAUAAGAGCCGCAGUGAGAAGGUGAUUCCUCAACCUCUGGUGCUGUAUUUCACCGUGUGUAUUCUGGACAUGGUGGAGCGACUGCACGCCGCACGCAUCAUCCACGCUGACAUCAAACCCGACAACUUCCUGCUGGGAAAGAGGUUCCUGGAGAACAAGAACCUCAGUGAGGAGAGCCUGGAGCAUGGUUUGGUUCUGAUUGAUUUUGGUCAAAGUAUAGAUAUGACUCUGUUCCCUGAUGGAGCUCAGUUCACGGCCCACUGCAUGACCUCUGGCUUCCAGUGCACUGAGAUGCUCAGCGGCCGACCCUGGACUUAUCAGACGGAUUACUUCGGCGUGGCCGGCACCGUGUACUGCAUGCUGUUUGGCUCGUACAUGCAGGUGAGGAACGAUGGAGGAGUGUGGAAGACCAACGGAGUGUUUAAAAGGAACCCUCACAGUGAUCUGUGGCAGGAGUUUUUCCACGUGUUAUUAAACAUUCCUGAUUGCGUGUCCUUGCCGUCUUUGCGUGUUCUACGUGAGCGUCUGAGCGCCGCCCUGCUGGACAACUACAGCACCAAACUGCUCGGCCUGAAGAACCGCCUCAUCGUGCACCUCCUCGAGUCCAGAACCUCCCGCAGAUAGGGUUCUCCUUCUCUGGACAUGGGUUAAUCAUUAAUGUGGAGUUUCUCUCCAGCAGACAGUCUUUUACUGAACGUCUUUGUGCUGUUCCUCUCUUGAACACAAGAUGGUGCAGUUGAGACGUAUAAAAUCCUCCUGCAUUCUGAUUUAAUAAAGAUAGAAACAGAA